AUGGCCAGUCCGAAUGUUCCCUCGAUAGCACCUGGUCCGGGUCCAGCGCCGCUCGCUCCCGCACUGGCUGCCAAGCCAGCCAUCUCACCGUCUCCUGGUCCGGGCACUCCCGGCUCCGUCACCUCCAAGGAAUGGGUGAUUCCUCCUCGUCCCAAGCCCGGUCGCAAGCCGGCCACCGAUACACCACCCACCAAGCGCAAGGCUCAGAAUCGAGCUGCGCAAAGAGCCUUCCGCGAACGCCGAGCCGCCCGCGUCAACGAGCUCGAGGAUCAAAUCAAGAAAAUCGAAGAUGAUCACGAGAUUCACAUCGCGACCUUCAAGGAACAGAUUUCAAGCCUGUCCAGCGAAGUCGAACAAUGCCGGAGUGAGAUGGCCUGGUGGCGCGACCGUUGCCAUGCCUUGGAGAAGGAAGUUUCCGUCGAACGCAGCGCCAAGGAAACCUUGGUGCGAGAGUUCCGGACGACGCUGACCGACAAGAGCUCCGACAAGGCCCCUCUGACCCUUAUUGCGGCGAGAACCUCGGCCGAGGAUCGAGUGACCAGUGAUCACGGAGUGGCGACCGGAGGAUCUACCACCAUAGUCGAGGAGCCACGUGAGGAGGUUCCACUGGGCUGCGGCGAUUGCUCUUCUGUUCAUUGCCAGUGCAUCGAAGACGCUUUCGCCAUCCCGGGGGUCGAGACUCGGUCCUCUCUGGGCAAGCGGCCUGGCAGUCCAAGUCUGACGCGACCCGAACCCCAGAUCAAGCCGGAGCCAGAGGAGAUGGAGAUUGACUUCACCACGCGGUUUGCCGCUCCUCACACCAUUCAGGACGACCCUAGCACCUCCGUCUCCUCACCGGCCGUAGAUCCAUGCGGAUUCUGCCAGGACGGAACCCCCUGCAUCUGUGCGGAGAUGGCAGCUCAGGAGGAAGAGCGCCGGAGAAACUCAUUUGAGAACAAUCGGCUGGCACCCAUUCAGAAUCUGUCUCAAUUCACUCCCCCCCCAUCUGAGGGCGACGUUCGGUCCGAGGUCACUUUGCCCCCAAUCAGCGAAGCCACCAACCCGUGUGCCAAUGGACCGGGAACAUGCGCACAAUGUCAGUCCGAUCCACGGCGGACCCUUUUUUGCAAGACGCUGGCGGCCUCCCGCUCCGCCAGCGCUGCCUCCUCGGGCUGCUGCGGCGGUAAGGGCGCCGACGGCGGCUGUUGCAUGUCUCGCGGUGCCAAUGCUCCUCCUCCCCAACCCAGCGCCAGUUCGCGACGCUCCAACACUCCCUCCUUGACUCUCUCCUGCGCCGAUGCCUUCACCACGCUCUCCCGGCAUCCCAACUUCUCUCGAGCAAGCGACGACAUCUCCGCUUGGCUUCCCAAGCUUCACACCCUACCCAAGCCCCAAGAGGUCGCGCCGCCAGGCUCCCGAGCAGCUCUCGAAGUCGAGGCUGCCAGCGUCAUGGGCGUCUUGCGGUACUUCGAUCGACGCUUUGCCGAUAAAUGA